AUGGCAAGUAAUGAAAUUGAAAUUGAUGGAGUUUGUGAAUCUUAUCCAUUAAUUGAAAAUCAUGGAGUUAUUGGAAAUAUGUUAACAAGUGCAUUGAUAUCAAUUCAUGCUGAUAUUAAUUUUAUGUGUUGGCCGCAUUUUGAUUCACCAGCUAUGUUUUGCUCAUUGUUAGAUUGUGAAAAGGGUGGACAUUGGCGUAUUGCACCAGAAACAUUGAGAUCGAAGUGUAAACAAACCAAAACCAAGCAAAGCUAUUGGCCAGAUACAAAUGUACUUCAGAGUAGAUUUCAUUUAGUUGAAUCGGUAGCAUCAGUGAUUGAUUAUAUGCCAGUUGUAGAUGGAAAAGGCUCGAAAUGGUUAGUUAGAAAAGUUAAAGGAAUCAGAGGCAAAUUAGAUAUGAAAAUGAUAUUCAAACCAACAUUCAAUUUCGCAUUAGAUAAACAUAAAAUGGAGAAAACAGAAUUUGGUUACAAUAUUCAAUCUGAGCCUACAAAGAUCAAUUUAGAUUUAAUAUCAAAGAUUCCAAUGACACUUAUCAAUGAUGGAAAUGGGGGGUUCCUAGAAUCGGUCUUCACUGUCAAAGAGAAUGAUGUGGUGGUGUUCAUACUAAAGGAAUCGUUUGAUAGUGUAGACUUGUUUCCAAAGCAUCUCUAUCGUGUUCCAGAGGAUAUUGGCAAAUUGGAGAAUGAAUUAUUCAUGGGCACCAUAUUCUACUGGCAAAAAUGGUUGGAGAAAUGCACUUACAAGGGAAGAUGGAGGGAAAUCGUGGAACGUAGUGCACUAUGUUUGAAGCUUAUGACAUUCGCUCCAACGGGUGCAAUCAUUGCCUCGCCAACUUGUUCGCUACCAGAGGGAUUGGGUGGGCCUAGAAAUUGGGAUUACAGAUACGCUUGGUUGAGAGAUUCAAGUUUCUCUGUCUAUGGUUUGAUUAGAAUUGGCUUCAUUGAAGAAGCACAUGCAUUUAUGAAAUGGUUGGAAACAAGAUGUGCCGAAGCAGUUUAUGACGACCCAAAAAGAAGCAUGCCCGUGCGUGUCAUGUAUAGCAUUCAUGGCGAUGAUAAAAUCCCCGAAUACACAUUGGACCAUCUUUCAGGCUAUAGAGAUAGCAAGCCGGUUAGAGUUGGUAAUGAUGCAAUCAAUCAAGUUCAAAUGGACAUUUUCGGCGAGUUUAUGGAUUCGAUUUAUCUCUCCAAUAAGUAUGGGUCGUUGGUUUCCUACGAUUUUUGGUUACAUAUUAGGAAGAUGGUCGAUUGGGUGGCUGAUAAUUAUCAAACCAAGGAUGAAGGUAUUUGGGAAGUUAGAAGUGGUAAACAACAUUUCACCUACUCCAAGAUAAUGUGUUGGGUGGCAUUGGAUAGAGGAUUGCGUUUGGCAGAUCGUAGAUCAUUCCCAGCCCCACGUGAUAAAUGGACAAAGAUUACUCAAUUCUAUGGUAGUAAAGCAUUGGAUGCUUCAACAUUGAUAAUGUCGUUGGUUUUCUUUAUGGCUCCAUCAGACCCAAGAAAUUUAGCAACAUUAGAAGCAAUACUCAAACCAGUGGAAGAAGGAGGUCUAGUUGCAAACUCUUUGGUAUUUCGUUAUAAUCUAACCCAUGGUCAUGAUGAUCAUAUUGCAACCGAUGGUUUGGAUGGUGAAGAAGGUACUUUCAAUAUUUGUACAUUUUGGUUAAUCGAAAGUUUAACAAGAGCUUCCGUUGUCAAUAAAGAAUAUCUAGUUAAAGCUCGUUUAAUAUUUGAUGAAAUGUUAGGUUAUGCAAAUCAUUUGGGUUUAUUCUCUGAAGAAAUUGGUAUUGGUGGUGAAGCUUUAGGUAAUUUUCCACAAGCUUUCACUCAUUUAAGUUUAAUUAGUGCUGCUUUUAAUUUAGACAGAGUUUUAUCAGGUAAAAAUCAUUCAAAUUCUUAA